AUGACACUAAAUAUGUACGGAGGCACCUUUGUGGGAUUUAAAGCGAUAAGAGAAGGGGAGAUUAAAAGUAAAUCGGGCUCUUCUAACGAAGAUAAAUCUCCAUAUCCGACACUUGACGAAAAACCGGAUAAAGUAAUAGUAACCUUGAUCGGAGUAGAUAACUUGAGGCUUCCGGAAGUGAGCGAUCCGAAUAAGAGGGAGCUGGUAGUAACAGCGAUUUUUGAUGACGAUUCAGUUGAAGAGUCGUUGACUCAUGCGAGGCAGAAUUCUGAAAUUGUUGAUGCCCAAUAUUAUCACGACUCAUACUCUGCAAACUUCAAUUCGUAUCAGCUUGUUUUACCCUGCGGUGAUAAGAAGGUUCUGUCAUUGUACCUCUCUUGUGUUACUACGCUCUUUAUGGAAGACGGAACGAAACGAAUUGAAUUCAAGGGGCAUAGUUACACACGGGGCAUAGAACUUUCCACUUGUUUGGACCACAAACAGAUAAGAGAAGAGCUCAUCUUGUCUGACGAAACCAACAUUCCUGGUGUAAAACUGGUGUUCAGACUGGUCACCACGAAGAAAGAGUUAGGCCCAGAAGUCAAAGAGGAUACAAUUUGCAGCGUUCUGGAGAGGUACAAAAAGUCAGAGGACUGA